AUGUCAUCCAGUGAAUCAAUCAACAGUGACAAAUCUACUCAUUCUCUUUGUUCUCAUGGUACCAUUGACCAAGUGGGAUUGAAGAAGGGCAAAAGAAAGCCUGCUGCCUCCUGGACAUCAGAUGAAGAAGCUGUUUUUGUCGACUUUCUAUUGUCUCAGUUUUCUGCGAGUGGCAAUGGAAAUUUCAAGACUCCAACACUUACUGCAGCUGCAAACUUACUGAAGGAGAGAUUCCCAAAUGCAAGUGGUGCUGAGAAGACAGUUAGUGUUUGUGAGACUAAGUGGCAAUCGCUCAAAUCAGGGUAUAAUGCUGUUUUAGAUAUCAAAAACAUAUCAGGAUUUAUGUGGAGUGAUGAGUACGGAGUGGGAAUUGUUACAAAGGAUGAUGAUGUCUGGAAUCGGUACAUCAAGCGGCGCCCUGCAGCAAAACCUUUUAAAAACAAAGGUUUCAAACACUUCAAUGUAAUUGAGCAGAUGAUGCCAAAGAUCGCAAAAGGCUCACAUGUUUUUUGA